ACAUAUUGUAUGUUUGUUAGCAGAAGUGUUGUGAGUUUCUCGAUAUCUGUGCACACACGCGUAAUGUCAACUGGCCGUGUUUUGUAAUAAACAUCAAAUGUUUGUGAUUCGGUGUAUUUGCAAUAAAAGUGACCGAGAUGAGACUAUUUAAACGACGAAGUUCGGACCCAAAUCCACAACUGGAACGGUUGUCAACACUUUCUGAAAAUAAUGGAACCGACAACGAAGAAGAAGCUUCGAAAUCAUAUCUUUCUGCAUGGGGAAGAACUUGGGACAAGCUUAAACGAGGCGAUUCUUCUGAACAAUUGCCAACGAACAAGAAGAUGUGGUAUCCGCUAAAGAAACACGAAGCUAAAUCCGCCGACACAUCCCACACUUCUGUAGAAAAAUCUGAGUUAAAUUUAUCACAAUCCGACUUAAGAAAAAUAUAUGACAUGUAUCGACACAUGAGCGACAGAGAUAGAAGCGAGAAGAUAAUAAGAAGCAAAAGAAGCGGCAGAUGUAUAUCUGAUAAUUUAGAGCUUAGUCAGCAGCAGCUGUUGGACUACCUUAUUCUUAUGAAACCGAAUACAGAAGAACUGGAUAGAAUAUUCACUGAAAUAACCGAAGAACCAGUUAGGCGUGAACCAAAGAGACUAGGAAUGCUAACAGAAGAGAAACGAUCAAGAGCAUCCAAAUUUAAAUCAAUUUUUUCGAGAUCUUCAAGUAAAUCUGACGAUGAAGGUGACUUAAAGCUUCACCCGAAAAAUUCAUCUACGGACAGUUUGACGAGUUUGAUUAAUUUUAUAAUCCCUGGUAGAAGAUCUCAUUCUAAUAGUUCCCCUAAACUACCAAACAAGAUAAAAUCAGACGAAAGUGGUUAUGGAAGCGACUCAACAAAAACUGUAACUAGCAUUGACUCUCCCAUAGGAUCUUUAAAAUCUCAAAAUAGUACCGUAUGUACAGACCAAAGAGAUGAGACUUCGACAGCUGGCACUAGUGAUUAUUACAACGACGAUACCGAUACAGCAGAGGAAGAUAACGACGACAGCGAAAUGACUAUAACAAAAAAUUCGAAAUUUAGAAAACAGUCUAAGAAAAGAUCACGAUCUAGAAGCGAAGACAACGAUUCAUUAUCAAAAAGAAAAUCUGUGAAGUUCAAACGAUCUCCAAGUAAAAAAUCGCUAGAUAAACACAAAAUAUCUAUUGAAGAUUUGAGUCAAAAUUACUGUGAUAAACUAAAAUUAAAUACUGAAAAUUUUGAAGUAAAAGCUAAAAAGAGGCAAGGUGCUACAAAUGUAGGACACCUCGAAAAGGAGUAUAAAUGUAUAAAACUAAAAAUUGGAAGAUAUGAACAUUUGGGAAUCAAAAUUGGACCAAAUUAUGGACGAGAUUCCACGAUUAGCUAUAGUAUUACUGAUAUUGUUCCUGAUUCCGUUGCCAAAAGAAAUGGAGUUUUACGAGUUGGAGACGAAGUAGUGAAGUUAAACGGACAUAGAAUGAAAGGUUGCCCUAUAGGCGUAGCUAAAAGUUACCUAGAACCAAAAAAUGGCGAAGUUGAAAUAAUUGUAUGCCGAACACAUUCCCAAAUACUCAGCAAACCUACUUGUAAGAAAAAACCUACUAGCUUAGAAGAAGGCGCUAUCAAAAUAAAACCGGACACUGUGACAACAAUAAGGAUCCCUUUGAUCAGUCCAAAAAGAAAAACAUUUAAUAUAUCGACAGAAAUGCCCAGUACUAGUUUCAGCUCUUUAAGAUAUAAAGAUAAUUCUUCGACAGAGUUAACUUAUUUUAAUAACCCAAUUUAUAAGGAUAGUUUUACAACUAGUGCCCCAAAAUGCAGCUUAUCAACCGUACUAAACCUAAAUAACACACCACAAAAGAAAUAUGUUGGACUAUCUGAUAUUCUAAACAGCAGUAACGAAGAUGUAGAAACUAAAGUAAGCUUUACGGAGAAGUCCAUACCUUUCAAAGACGACGAGCUGUUCAAGAAACCCUUACCUGACCGGCAAAAAAAGCACACUGAUCAUCAAUCCAUCACAGGUAUGAGGAAGUUCUCCAUUUCGUCAGACCUGUACACCAGGAAACCUAGCGACGUAGGAGAAUGCAGUAAAAUGGAAAAAUUUCUGCCCGGUUAUAAAACAGUUGAAUUCCAGAAAGGACCGGGAUGUAAAUCGCUUGGAUUCUCCAUUGUUGGAGGAAAAGAUUCACCAAAGGGACCAAUGGGAGUUUAUGUCAAAACUAUUUUUAAACUUGGCCAGGCGAGCGAUUCUGCAAUAAUUAGAGAAGGAGAUGAAAUUAUUUCUGUAAAUGGUACUUCUUUUCGUGGACUGUCUCAUCAUGAGGCCGUUACCUAUUUCAAGAGUAUCAAAUGUGGUAAGGUUGUAUUGGAACUUAUUGCACGCCAGCAGAAUCACAAUAAAUUCAUCAGUUCUAUUUAAAUAUAUAAUUGAUGUAUCUAUUUUACACAGUGUUUCUUUUGUUUUAGUUAAUUUGAUUUAACUUCGACAUUAAAAUUAACAUCACAAAAAUUAUAUAAAGAUUGCCUAUUCAUUCCAGAUUAGCUUAAAAUUUAAUUUAAUAAAAUUAUAAUAACUUUAUUAUAAUAUUACAUUGUUGUAUGUACUAGUCUUUCGAUUUUUUUUGCAAACUACUUAUUAAUAUGACAACAAGGGGUAUUUGGGAUUUCCAUGAACUUUUGUUAUUUUUUUAAAAAAUAAAUAACUUUUUCUGCUUCUCCCCCAAUAAUUGUUUAUUUCCACGCUUAUUUAACCCCACAUUCGUAUAUUUUUGCCCCUUCAAUUAAUGGUUUCUCUUGGUUUGUCUUGAAAAAGAUUUCCUCGAUUAAUUUUCGCAUAUAUUAUACAGGUUGGUCUUUCUUUUAUUUAUUCUGUUCAUGUUAGCGAGUUUCCUUGGAUCCACCAUUUCUACUUACGUUGAUACGUCGUUUUUCUUUGAGUUUGACAAAAAUAAUAUAUACAUAUACUACUUUUGAGUUUGACAAAAUAAUAAGUGUUUAUCUUUUAUAAAGAACAAUAAUAGAGGAGAAGGUACAAAUAUAGGGUACCAUUUUGUUUAUUGCUGAUAUCUUGACUAUUUUUUGAUCUAAAAAGUUCAAAUUACAUAAUUGCAUGUAGAAUUGUUUUGCUCUUUUGUGCUAUUCCAUUUUUCCGCCUAGUAAGAUAUUUUUUUCUGUAAUGUCAUAAAAGACUCACGGCGUCAUUUCAGUAAGAAAGGGAAAGAUGAUAUAAAUAUGGGCUACUAGUAAAAAUAUUUUUAUUUUUAUUUUAUAAUUUUUUAUGUACAAUAUUCACACACAUAUUCGUCUCUUUCCGCACCAGAACAAUCUAUAUGUGCUCACAAGUUGCACAUAAGACACUGAAUCCAUUUUCACCUUGAUAAUCCUCACAAAAUUUUCCGUCUCAGAAAAUACAAUUUACAACCAUAUUUUUCAGAUCCGUUACACCAGGAAUCCCUUCCUAAUUCAUAUCUUCAUCAGUUGGUUGAAAUUCCUGCUCACUAUCGUUGUCAGAAAUUUCUUUUUUAUGCCGAUUCUCUGACUUUUUGUUUGCUGUUUUGCUGGUCUAAUGCGUCCUUGUAGGUGAAAAAGUUAUUUCGUUGAUUUCGAUGAUUUUCUACCACGAUUUCUAGAUUUUUUCCUG